UCUCUUUCUUUCUCUCUCUCUCUUCUCUUUUUCUCUAUCUCCCUCUCCCUCUUGUUUUCAUCGAGUACACUGACACUCUGACUCAGAAUUUUCUGUAAUUUUUACUGUUUCUCAAUAAGAUUUUCAGUUUGAUCUUCAAACUCUUGUUCUUGAUCUUUUUCCCUGACCGAGCUGUAACAUUUGGUGCUUUCAUUGUUGCCUCAAGCCAUGGCUGACAGCACAAGACUUAAGACUCUUGAUGAUGCUGUGAAGAAGUUUUCAGAAGCAGCCGUUCAGAGUAGUCAACAAUUAGAAACUCAGAAACAUCAAUUUGAAGCUCAUACUCUACGGAUGGAUCAUCAGCAAGGAUUACUUGCAGAUAUGGUGAAUCAAGUAAUGUUGUUGGGGUCUAAGAUUGAUUGUUCCCUGACCAAAAGACCACUUCAUGGUGCAAAAUCUUCAGGCCACCAAGGCGAAAAUACAGGGGUUCUUUGCAUGGAGCAGCCCUCCUUCCCAGCCAGAUCAAUGAGGCUCGAUUUUCCUAAAUUCAAUGGGGAAGAUCCUCUUGGGUGGAUUUUUAGGGCAGAACAGUUCUUUGAAUUCAAUGGCACUGGUGAAGCUCUUCGAUUGUCAAUUGCAUCUUUUCACAUGGAAGGGAAAGCCUUGCAAUGGUAUCAAUGGAUGAACAAACAAGCCCAGUUUCCUUCUUGGCAUUGUUUCACACAUGCAUUGGAGGCAAGAUUUGGUCCAACAGAAUAUGAAGAUCACCAAGGUGCUCUAGCUAAACUUUUCCAAACCUCUACAGUUCUUGAUUAUCAAGAAAAAAUUGAGGCAUUAGCUAAUAGGUGUCACAAUCUAUCAACAUCAUUUUUGGUGAGCUGUUUCAUCUCUGGAUUGAAACCAGAGAUUAGAUGUGAAGUAAUGUCGUUUCAACUAACCACCCUGCCUCAAACAAUGGGAUUAGCUAAACUCCAAGAAGCUAAGCUCAAUGAAUUGAAGAAGAGCUCUUGGAGGCAAUUUGGAUCUAAACCUCAUUAUUACCUCUUCCUGUACCACCUCCCAAGCCAUUGCUACAACAUUCAGCCAAUUGAUUUCCCAUAAAAAAAACUUAGUCCUAUCGAAUUGCAGCAACGUAGAGAGAAGGGCUUAUGUUACAAUUGUGAUGAAAAAUUUGUUCAUGGCCACAAGUGUAAGAGUAAACAGCUUUUUCUUUUAAUGGCGGAUGAUGAGGGGAAGAAAUUCCACAAGCAUCAAUUGAGGCAGCGUCCAGCGAGGAUAAUGCUACCGUAGUAAGGCCAGAAAUCUUGUAUCAUGCGUUGGCUGGUUAUUCUUCGCCAAGAACUCUGUGGGUGCAGGGAAUGAUUAACCAAAAGAAGAUUCAGACCUUAAUCGAUGGUGGCAGUACACAUAAUUUCAUUCAAGAAAGGAUAGCAGAAUACUUGGGGUUACCAAUCCUUCAUGUGCAUGAUUUGAAGGUGAUGGUGGGCAAUGGUGAAUAAUUACCAAGCCUGGGUGUUUGCAAGAAUGUUGAAAUCUGGUGCAAUGAUCAGAAGUUUAGAGCUAUUGGGCCCUAUAGUCUUUGAUUAUAAAUUGAUGACAAUGGAUUUCAGGUGGAGAGAAAAGAAAAUCCAUUUGCAAGGAGAAAGUGUCCACUGCCCUCAACAAAUUCAGUUGCAUACUUUGAGGAGAAUGGAGUCUAAAAACGUUGUUGAGGAGUAUUUUUCAUUAUAGGUGCAGAUCUCAGCUACUGUACAACCGCAUACAGUGGUGGCUGCAUUGGAUGUUAUUCUUGAUCAAUUUGCUGGUGUCUUUAAAGAACCAACCACGCUGUCACUUCAGAGGACACAUGACCAUGCUAUUCACCUAAUUCCAGUGACAAUCAGAGAUAGGUUUCCCAUACCUACAGUAGAUGAGCUAUUGGAUGAGUUAUUUGGUGUAAAAUUUUUUUCAAAACUGGAUCUUAGAUCGGGAUACCAUCAAAUUCGAGUCAAAGAGGCUGAAAUUCAUAAGACAGCAUUUGGGACUCAUGAGGGCCAUUAUGAAUAAUUGGUGAUGCCCUUUGGGUUAGGUGAUGCUCCAUCAACCUUCCAGGCUGCCAUGAAUGAGCUUUUCAAGCCUAUGUUGAGAAAAUUUGUCCUUGUAUUUUUUUAUGACAUCUUAGUCUACAGCAAGAGUUGGGAAGAACAUUUGCAACACCUUCAAAUUGUGUUACAACAGCUGAGUGCGCAUUCCUACUUCGCCAAACGGAGUAAGUGCACCUUUGGACAGGAUUCAGUCGAAUACUUGGGCCAUAUCGUGACUGCUACUGGAGUUAAGGUUGACGUUUCAAAAAUUGAAGCUAUGUUAAAAUGGCUUGUUCCUUCAAGUGUUAAGGAAUUAAGAGGAUUCCUUGGCCUCACAGGAUAUUAUAGAAGGUUCAUCAAAAGCUAUGCAAGUUUGGCUUGGCCCCUCACAGAGUUAUUAAAGAAAGAUGGGUUCCUUUGGAGUUCCUCAGCUCAAAUGGCCUUUAAAAGUUAAAAAAAAAAAACAGUCACUGUAAACUCCUGUUUUAGCCUUGCCAGAUUUUGAAAGUCCCUUUGUAGUUGAGAUUGAUGCUUCCGGGAUGGGAAUCGGUGCAAUCUUAUCCCAACACAAUCAUCCAAUAGCCUAUUUCAAUAAAAAGUUAUCAGUCAUAAUGCAACUUGCUUCCAUCUGUACAUGGGAGAUGUUUGCAAUCACUGAGGCAGUUUUACAUUGGAGGCAGUACUUGUUGGGUAGCAAAUUCCUAAUCCGGACUGAUCAGAAAAGCCUCAAGGCUCUUAUGGAGCAGACUAUACAAACCCCGGAACAGUAACAAUGGCUCUCAAAGUUGGGGUUCACAUUUGAUAUCAAUUACAAGCCACGGAAGGAAAAUGUAGUGGUUGAUGCCUUGUCAAGGGUCCCUGAUGCAGCUAUCAAUGUCAUCACUCAAAUUACGGCCCCCUUCUUUCACGUUUUGGAUGAAUUGAGGAUUGAAAAUGCAACAAAGGAUGAAUUAGUCCAAUUACAUGCUGCUGUCCAUUCCAGUACAGAAAGAGGCAGGGGAUAUUCCAUUCAAGAUGGACUUCUUAAAUACCAAGGGAGGCUUGUCAUAGUUUUUGAUUCGCCCUUAAGGCAGCAAAUCCUACAUGAAUAUCAUGCCACACCAUUCGGGGGACAUGCUGGGGUUGCUAGAACACUUGCUCAAUUGGCUCUCAAUUUUUUUGGAAGAAUAUUCAAAAGGAUGUAAAAAAAUUUGUGGCAGAAUGCCCUGUGUGUCAACAAGUCAAAAGUCUUCAUUUUACUCCAGCAGGCUUAUUGCAACCUUUACCGAUUCUAGAUCAGGUUUAGGAGGACAUUGCUAUGGGAUUUUAUCACGGGUUUGCCUAACUCCAAUGGCAAGACUAUUGUGAUGGUUGUCAUUGAUAGAUUGACAAAAUAUUCUCAUUUCUCAGCAUUGACAGCGCCUCUUACAGCUCAUAAGGUUGCUUCUAUGUUUGUCAAUAACAUUUACAAACUUCAUGGGUUGCCAAGAACCAUUGUCAGUGACCGCGAUCCUAUUUUCUUAAGCACUUUUUCGAAGGAGUUCUUUAAAUUGCAGGGUACUCACCUCCACAUGAGUAAUGCUUAUCAUUCCCGAUCGGAUGGCCAAUCAGAAGCCCUCAAUAGGUGUUUGGAGAUGUAUUUAAGAGCCUUUGUUCAUGACAAUCCUAAUCAGUGGACAAAGUUUUUUCCAUGGGCUGAAUAUUGGUAUAACA